UAGGCCUCAGGAUAGGCCGCCGAGUGGGCACCUUGGGAAAAUAUUUUUAAGGUAAGAAAUCAUCAAGGCUAUGCGUAGCACCUUGCACAGCUCCAAUGAAGUACCAACGAACACAAUUGUGGGUCACGAACAUAAGUGGUCCCCAAUCGCAAGGCGUCUCGGUUUCCAUUUUUGUCCUCUUUUCUGUGCUAUAUUGAUCCAAAAGCAACCAUUCAGGAUGAUCACAGAUGUUCGGAAUGUCGGUUCUGGCCCAUCCUGACUUGCAAGCGGGUCUAACAAGUCGAGAGCAUCACAGGUUGAUCUUUGUUUCAGAGAUGUCUUAUCUUUCAGAGGUUGCAGAUUUGCAGAUAUCUAAGUACGCCAAUAUUGGUGGUCUUGCAGUUCUCGUGUUUGAUUACUGCAUCACGUUUCAGGAUGAGGUGCAUUGGACCUGGUCCAGGCCAUGGGGUUUAAUUCGUGUCAUCUUCACCAUAUCUCGAUAUCUCCCUUUCGUAGGCUCUGGAAUGACUGCAUACGCUGCAUUGCGUGUCAGUGGAUCGUGCCCCCCUAGUUUGGAGGAAAACAUUAUUCAUAUUAUAAGCAUCGUUGCUGCGGAAGGCUUGCUGGUUAUUCGGACCUGGGCAUUCUGGAAAAAGAGCAAAAAAUUGCUGAUUGGAUUGUUAACUUAUAGCAUGGCGACAGUAAUAGGCGCCGUUACUAUGAACAUCCUUCCCAAUCAUCAGUUGAUUUCAUCAGAUGUAUCUAUGAUACCCGGGCCUUGCGGCUUUGAGUCGUCGAGGAAUGCUGCAUUGGUAUAUGCUAUCUUGGGACUUUUCGAAUGUGUCAUACUGAUCCUUACUGCAUAUAAGUGGUUCCACGACUACCGGAACUCGGAGAUUCAUAGCUCGAUCGUAACCACCGUCUACGGUGGUAGCAUGCUUUACAUGCUGUGCAUCAUCGCCAUAACGGUGACCAAUGUAAUCAUCGACGCAGCAUUUCCGGUUGGCUUUACAAAUAUGUUUGAUACGCUACAACUUGUCAUUCACAGCGUCCUAGCCUCGCGAAUUCUAUUUCACCUUCGGAGUAGUGACAGUCGUGCACAUGACACGGACCUGCCAUUGUUGGUUUCAGAUGCCCGCUAUGGGCAGCCUUCGCAAAUGCAGACGAACUCGACAAAAAGUCAAACUAGUCAAACUAGUGAGGUUUGAGGCGGGCUUAGUGGUUUGUGCUUGGAAUUGGACACGCUUGUGUUGACCCUUUCGUUGUAACUACGAGUGCGCAGUAUAUGAAUAGGACCUUUAUCAUGACGCAUAGAAUCUUA